ACCCGUCAUCGAGAAACAGCUGUUGUUUGUUUUGAAAUUGUAGUGCUUUUCGGAGGUGUUACGUUAGAUUUUAAUAUUUAAGAUAUUUAUGUCAAUUUUGGGGGCUUACGGGCGUAGUUAGUUAUAUAGAAGCUAGCGGAUCGUCUGUCAGGCAACAUCAAUUAAUAAUAUGGGAACUCGCAAGAAAGGACUUGAAUUCGCUAAACACAUCACCGAGAUUAUCACCAAAUCAACGGGCUUUGAAAGUCACCUACAAAAGGUCAAGAUCGUGGACGGCGGCGAUGGAGCCUGCACUGCUGAACUCAAGGUGGACAAGGAUCAUGUGAACCUGUACAAGUUCAUGCACGGCGGCUAUAUCAUGACCCUGGUGGACAUGAUAACCACCUACGCCCUGAUGUCCAAGCCAUGUCAUCCCGGCGUUUCGGUGGAUUUAAGCGUAAACUUUCUGAACGGCGCCAAAUUGGGUGACGAUGUGGUGAUUGAGGCCAACCUGUCCAAGGUGGGCAAGUACCUCGCCUUCAUCGAUUGCACCUUGAAGCACAAAAAGGACGACACGGUGAUAGCCAAGGGCACACAUCUGAAGUAUAUUAAAUUUGACUAGACCGGAAGUCCCGCACUAAUUUAAAUUAAUUGUUUCGUGUAUUGGGAGCUACUAAUACAAAGUAUUUUUGAGAAACCUUUUCGGAACUGUCCAAGUAAGUUGAAUAAUUUGUACAAAUAAAUGACUAUGGGUUAUUAA